AUGAAGCGGUCACGCGAACCGGAGAAGGAGGACCCUCCGUCCCAACAACAAACAGCAUUAUCUCCUUAUCCAGCAGACCAACAGCACACAGGUGAUACCACCGGUACAACAACGAGCCGAUCUACCAGCGCCGAUGUCUCCGGUUCACCACCCGCUGCCAAGAUCGCUGAGCUGGAUCCCGCCGAAAGCCCCAGCCAAGCCGGGAUGCAGAUGAAGUGUUCGCUGCCGCCACACAAGGACAUACUGGUGUUUUCGACCUACUCCGAGUACGAAUCCCAUUACAACAGCACCCACACCAACCGGUGUCUCGAGUGCCGUAAGAACUUCCCCUCGGCUUAUCUGCUCGGGCUGCACAUCGAGGAGAAUCAUGACUCCUUUAUGUCUGUCAAAAGAGACAGAGGUGAACACACGUACUCCUGCUUCGUGGAAGGUUGCGACCGGAAAUGCAUGACGCCCCAAAAGCGACGGAUGCAUCUCAUCGAUAAGCACAUGUAUCCCAGAAAUUUCUUCUUCGCGGUGACCCUGCACGGUAUCGACGGGCGGCAAUCGAUGCUGCUGGAUGAGCGGCGGAAACCGGGCAACAGGGCACCGACAACGGCAACAAAAACGGGCUCUCCGAAGCCCAAGCCCACCUCCAAGUCAAAACCUCCCUCAGAGACGAAGGAGAAGCAAAUGGAAGGGCAGAUGGAAGUAGACCAGCCCGAGCUUGAGACCGCUCCAACAUCGACGAAAACUGAAGCUGAGAUGACUGACGAACAGCAUGAGGAGCCGGUGAAGGAGACGGUUGACGUGGAUAUGGGCGACUUGGUAGGCAAGAUGUCGGCACUGCAGUUUGUGCCCUCCAGCGUGAGAUUUGGUCGUGGAGGACGGAAGACUGGAUUCGCUAGAGGGUGA